AUGGAGGUGGCGGGCGGGGCUCGUGGUUCCGAGCCGGGGCUGACCUCAGCCCCGGGCGGCACCGGCGACACCUCCCUCCUCAGCAGCGCCACAACGUGGCCCUUGAAGCGCUACGGCCGCUUCCUACCGCCGACGGAUGGUGAUGAUGAAGGGCAAAACAGCUCCUCUUGGAAGGUUUUUGAAUCAAGUGAAGAAUCAGGCCAUCUUAUCCUUACCAUUGUUGUAUCUGGCCAUUUCUUUAUUUCCCAAGGGCAAACAGUACUG